GGCAGUCACGUGGCUUUGUACUCGAAAAGCUAGAAUAACACGAGUUUGCGUAACCGAGUAGAUUACUCCUGGGAAAAAUCCACCUAAACUAGCCUCAAACGUUCUACAACUUGGGCACAAGUCUAGUAUGGCUUUGUCUACUCAUUCACCGGAAAUAGAGAAUUUGCUCUCACUAAAUCCAAGCAUUCCUAAAAAGGCAAACAUCGUUCCUACUGCAGUAACCAAGAAAAACAAGAAGCACUGGAAGCGCAAUGCUGAUAAAUCAUGUGGAUCAUGCAGUGAAGCAUUCAUCAAAAACUUUGAUGACAUCAAGCACACUACGCUGAGUGAGAGGGGAGCCUUGAAGGAAGCUGGACGGUGCCUCAAGUGUGUCGACGCCCCCUGUCAGAAGAGCUGUCCCACCCAAUUAGACAUCAAGUACUUUAUUUCUUGCAUUGCGAACAAGAACUUCUAUGGAGCAGCCAAAGCCAUUUUCAGUGACAACCCACUAGGCUUGACAUGUGGCAUGGUUUGCCCUACUAGCGACCUGUGUGUUGGAGGAUGUAACUUGUAUGCCUCAGAGGAGGGUCCUAUUAACAUCGGAGGACUACAACAGUUUGCUACUGAGAUUUUUAAGAACAUGAAGCUGCCCCAGAUACGGGAUCCGGAUCUCACUCCUGUUGACCAACUUCCAGAGAGCUACAAGUCGAAGAUUGCCCUUAUUGGUUGCGGUCCAGCCUCCAUCAGCUGUGCGACUUUUCUCGGCCGUCUUGGCUACACCAAUCUCACAAUCUUCGAAAAAGAGAAAUUCAUUGGUGGCUUAAGCUCUGCUGAAAUCCCUCAGUUCCGGUUGCCAUACAGUGUGGUUGAUUUUGAAGUGAAACUCAUGAUGGAUCUUGGAGUCAAGGUUGAAACAGGGAGAGGUCUUGGUGUAUCCUCAGGGUUGACGAUUCAGUCUCUUAAAAAUGAUGGCUACAAGGGAAUCUUUCUAGGAAUGGGUCUUCCCCAGCCAAAGAAGUUCCAUGUGUUUGAAGGUCUUUCUGAGCAGAAUGGCUUCUACACAUCAAAGAGUUUUUUGCCUGUUGUAUCCAGUGGCAGCAAACCAGGAAUGUGUGCUUGCAAGUCCAGCCUACCACAGCUCAGUGGUUACGUGAUUGUGUUAGGUGCCGGUGAUACUGCAUUUGACUGUUGCACCUCAGCACUGCGCUGCGGGGCCAGAAGAGUGUUUGUUGUUUUCAGAAAAGGAUUCACAAAUAUCCGAGCUGUGCCAGAGGAGAUGCAACUAGCUGUUGAUGAGAAGUGUGAGUUUUUGCCUUUCAUGUCACCGAAGCAGGUGCAUGUAAAAGAUGGCAAGAUUGUUGCAAUGGAAUUCUUCCGAACAGAACAGCUGGAUGAUGGAACAUGGACUGAAGAUGCAGAACAGACAUUGAAGAUAAAAGCUACCUUUGUUAUCUCCGCCUUUGGCUCCACCCUUAGCAAUGAAGAUGUCAAACAAGCUUUGGCGCCAAUCAAAUUCAAUAAGUGGGGUCUACCUGAAGUUAGCGCCGAAACCAUGGCAACAAGUGCUGAAGGCGUGUUCUGUGGGGGUGACCUGGCUGGCAUCGCAAACACCACAGUGGAGUCAGUGAAUGAUGGAAAGCAGGCUGCAUGGUUUAUGCAUCAACAUCUUCAGUCCCUCCAUGGCCUCACCAUACCAUCAGAGCCCGCUCUGCCACGCUUCUUCACCCCCGUUGACCAAGUAGAUCUGAGUGUAGAGAUCUGUGGUAUCAAGUUCCCUAACCCCUUUGGCUUGGCAAGUGCCCCUCCUACUACUACCUCUGCCAUGAUCAGGCGGGGAUUUGAGGCCGGCUGGGGCUUUGCGCUCACCAAGACAUUCAGCUUGGAUAAGGAUAUUGUCACCAAUGUAUCUCCUCGUAUCGUCCGAGGGACAACUUCCGGACACUUAUACGGCCCCGGACAAGGCUCGUUCCUCAACAUCGAGUUGAUCAGUGAGAAGACCUCUGCGUACUGGUGCCGAUCCAUCACAGAACUCAAGAAAGACUACCCUGACAAGAUCCUCAUCGCCAGUAUUAUGUGUGGAUAUUCCAAAGAGGACUGGACCACACUUGCCAAGAUGGCAGAGGCUGCCGGAGCAGACGCGUUGGAGCUGAAUCUCUCUUGUCCUCACGGUAUGGGAGAGAGAGGCAUGGGACUAGCCUGUGGACAGGACGCAGAACUGGUGCGUAAUAUUUGCCGCUGGGUUCGUGCCGCCAUCACGAUUCCAUUCUUCGCCAAGCUUACACCAAAUGUGACGGACAUCGUGGUCAUUGCGCGAGCAGCCAAGGAAGGUAACGCAGAUGGCGUGACCGCCACUAACACAGUAUCGGGUCUGAUGGGCCUGAAGGGUACCAGUGAAGCCUGGCCCGCUAUCGGACGUGAAAAGCGGACAACGUACGGCGGGAUGUCCGGUAAUGCCAUCCGCCCCAUUGCCCUCCGUGCUGUGUCGGCUAUCGGACGGGCUCUACCUGGAUUUCCCAUCCUGGCCACUGGUGGUAUUGACAGCGCUGAUGCUGCACUUCAAUUCCUGCACUGUGGAGCCAGCGCACUCCAGGUUUGUAGCGCAGUCCAGAACCAGGACUUCACCGUUGUGGAUGACUACAUCAACGGCCUGAAGUGCCUGAUGUACAUGAAGUCUGUGGAUGAGUACGCCGACUGGGACGGGCAGUCACCCCCCACCCCUCGCCACCAGCAGGGCAAGCCUGUGCCCAAGAUAGCUGAUCUCGUGGGAAAGGGCCUUCCAAGUUUCGGCCCCUACUUGGUCAAGCGUAAUGAAAUCAUCGCCGCUCACAAGAGCUCUUCAGACAUCCUGAGCAAGGAGUAUGAACCAGAGCCCGUCCGUCCCGCAGUGAAGCAGUCGAAACCCACUCCCUCGGUCAAGGACGUAGUUGGUCUUGCCCUUGACCGUAUAGGUACAUACGGGGAUCUUGACAACAGACAGCAAGUCGUUGCCCUGAUUGACGAGGAAAUGUGCAUCAACUGCGGCAAGUGCUACAUGACGUGCAACGACUCUGGUUACCAGGCCAUCAAGUUCGACCCCGAGACCCACCUGCCAACCGUCACAGAUGAUUGCACCGGAUGUACCCUCUGCUUGAGCGUCUGUCCAAUCAUCGAUUGCAUCAAGAUGGUCCAAAGGCCGACCCCGUAUGUCCCCAAUCGCGGGGUGCCUUUGGCAGUAACGGCCGAAUCGUGACAACGCGUAGUAGAGAAUCAUCGAAAUCGCCAACAAUUCUCUUAACCUAUCUCUCAAUUAUGUAUCUCGUGGUGUUUAUUAGGAUAUAUAUUUAUAUAUAUCGACUUUAUAUGGUAUGUUCUGUACUGCGUUUUAGGGAACUAUUUUUCAUGGAUGAAUAUGCAACUCAAUUUAUUUUAAACUAGAUCGGUGUGCACAUUAAUCACUCUAAUAAAUAACUUGUGAAUUAUCAAAUAAAGUGAAUCAGUGCUUGUAGACCACUGAUGAUUCUGUGAA